CACCAAACUGUCAAAAAAUGUAACUCUUCCGUUCGCGUUUUAGCUAGAUUAAAAUAUCUGUAUUUUUAUUGUCAUUUUAUAUACAUUUCAUCCGUAGUUAACAUGAAAUUAAACGUUGUAUGUUGCGUACACCAUAUAUAAGUAUCUAGCUAAUUUUAGAUUAAUUUCCGCGUUAGUUCAGAAUUUCUAGGKGAAGAUGGAGAAAUUCGAAGGGUACAUUUUCACUGCUCUCUGCAGCACCAACUUUUUGGUUUCGUGUCUCCUGUUCUCCAAAAUWACUCGGGAGCAAAGGGAGCCCUACAUGGACGAAAUAUUUCACGUCCGUCAAGCUCAGAAAUACUGCUACGGGAAGUUCAACGAGUGGGACCCAAUGAUCACCACGCUUCCUGGCCUGUACCUGGCGUCAGUGGGCGUGAUCAAGCCAGURGUGUGGCUAGUGGACCUCACAGGGAAGGUAGUGUGUUCUACCGCAAUGCUGCGCUUCAUCAACCUCCUCUUCAACUGUGGCAUCCUCUACCUGCUCUAUCUCAUCAUCUGCAAGCUCCACCUUAAAGAGAAGACUAAGACUGCCUCCCGCAGAGUUCUCUCAGCCCUGUCCCUGUCCACCUUCCCCGUUCUCUACUUCUUCAACUUCCUUUACUACACAGAUGCCGGAUCUACUUUCUUCAUCCUCUUCACGUACCUCAUGACCCUGUACGGCUGUCACAAAGCCUCGGCACUCCUCGGCGUCUUCGCCAUAUUCUUCCGCCAGACAAACAUCAUCUGGGUGGCGUUCUGUGCCGCCACGGUGGUGGCCAACAAGAUGGAUGAAACCUGGAGGACAGAACAGUCGAAGAAGAAGGAUGACAAGUCGCCCUGUCAGAUACCUUUCUCCGUAAGUGGGGUGAAGAGAGUGAUGCGUUUCCUGUUGGAAUUCCUGACCACAGCCAAUCACGUGAAGGCUGUGACGCUAGUGGCGUGGCCGUACAUUCUUGUUGCCGUGGGUUUUAUCGCGUUCAUCGUGUUGAAUGAUGGGAUUGUAAUCGGGGACAGAACCAGUCACGAGGCCUGUCUCAACUUCCCUCAGCUCUUCUACUUCUUCUCCUUUGCCCUCUUCUUCUCCAUCCCCACGUCGCUGUGCUACCACCGAGCUCUCCGCUUCCUCCAGACCCUCAAGAAGCAGCCACUGCUCUACUUACUGAUCACRGGACUCUGCCUKCUCCUAGUGUGGAAGUUCACCUUCGUGCACAAGUACCUCCUGGCUGACAACAGACACUUCCCCUUCUAYGUGUGGAAGAGGAUCUUCCAGAAGCAYGAGGYGGUGCGUUUUGCMCUCAUCCCGGCAUACGUGUUUGCAGCGUGGAACUUCRUGGACACUCUGAARUCCCGGUCRYUGUUCUGGAKCCUGGCGUUCCUGGUGUGUCUGCUGGCGGCCACRGUGCCUCAGAAGCUGCUAGAGUUCAGGUACUUUAUUGUUCCGUACCUGCUCUACCGCCUCCACAUGCCCCUGCCCUCCCUCACCAGACUGGUGCUGGAGUUCCUGYUCUAUACAGCCGUCAACGCAGCCACACUCUACAUCUUCGUCAACAAGACUUUUCAAUGGCCAAAUAGUCCGGCUGUACAGAGGUUUAUGUGGUAGCCUGACCUGAACAGGAGGAACCCAGUCAUUUGGAAAAACUAUAGGUUAUACUUUUUCUAUUUAAAAUGAGUAGGGCCAGGAGUUUUUCCUGUUGUGAUGAGAUCAUGCUCAGG